CACCAAACUGACGUGUUACAAGUAUGAAGUGUUUAAUUAUCACACUCUUCGCGUUUAUUUUUGCAUUUUCCAAUGGAGCAGCGUCUGAUGGCAAUCAGCCCAACCAAUGUCCUCCCAACGAGCACGUAGCUUCAUGUAUUCCAUGUACCGUGAGCUGUUACGAACCACAGGAUAAACCUUGUUCUAAAGUAUGUAGAAUUAAUAUUGACAAAUGUUAUUGUAGACCGGGUUACCUCCGAAAUCGUGUCGGUGUAUGCGUCCCCAAGGAUGAAUGCUGGUAUUAAAAAGAUG